AUGAGUAAAAAGUCGAUAAUAUUAUCUCCAUUAAAACGACCGUCUACUCGUUCAUUAUCAUCAACAAUAAAACCUUCACAACAAGAUAAAUAUACAUUUCAAUCUGACGACGAAGAUCAUAAUACAAAACCAAUACUUAUACGUAAAUCUAAUACACCCAUAGUAACGAAACGUCCACGUGGUCGUCCACCAAAAACUCCUAAACUUGAAGAAAUUUCAACACGUACAUCGAUAUCAUCAUCUAAUAGUGAAAUUGAAGAAAAAAAACGUUCGAAUAAACGUUCAUACGAAAAACCUGUUACACGUCGUGCAUCACGUCUUGGUUCACAAACAAAUACACCUGUUAAUCAAAUACGUGAAAAAAUUAAAAUUAAUUCAACACCACCAAUUUUAAUUACACCAAAAAAACGUGGUCGAAAACCAAAAAUGCUUUCAACAACAACAUCAUCAAUAUUUGAUGAACAACAAAAAAAUGAAACAGAAAAUGUUUUACCAUCACCAACAAAUAAACGUCAAUAUAUUAAAAAAUCUCUUGAAGAUAAUAAUAAUAUUAAUUCUAAACUUGAUGAAAAAGAUCUUAUGCAAUUUGGUUCACCUGAACAAGAUGAUUUUAGUGAUGAAUCAGUUGAUUUUGUUUGGAAAGGUUCAAGUAAAAUGGCUAUUGAAAUUCUUAAACGUCGUAUACCAAAAGAUGAUAUACGUGAUCAAUAUUCAUCGACAACAAUUCAAUCAGAUCCAACAGCACAACGUAAACGUGCUAUUAUACCACGUUUAACUAAUUUUGAUGCUUUAUCAGGACAACCAAUUGAUAAUACAAUAACAAAUAAUGAUAAUAAUAAUAUUAAUAAUAAUAAUGAAGAACGUUUAACUAAAAAAAGUAAUUCAAUAAUAACAUUAAAUAAUGCUUUUCAAAAUGAUUUUGAUUAUUCAUAUAAUGAUACGGGUACAAAAAUGAGUACAACAACAACAGCAGCAGCAGCAACAUCAGCAACAGAUGAUGAUAAACCACGUCCUCGUGUUUAUGCAGUUAAAAGUACAACAAUGAAAUCACGUUUUCAACAACAACAACAACAACCAGAUAUUAAACGACCAAAAUGGAUGAAUGAUCAACAAGGAAAACCAGAUGAUGAUGAAGAUGAUGAACAUAUACAAACAACUGGUGAGGAACCAUCUGAUUAUGAUUAUGUACCGAAAGGACAAUAUAUACCAAAACGUCCUAAUUAUCGUGGACGUGGAACAUAUCCUGGUCGACGUGGAACUGGUAUGCGUGGAAGACCACCAGGUUCAAGACGACAUUGGAAUAAUGAUGAUGAUGAUGAUGAUUAUGAUCAAUAUGAAGAUACGAAUUCAAGAUAUGGACCAAGAAAACAAACAGCUUAUCGAUCAACAAGACCUAUGUAUGAUAUGGCUGAUGAUGAUGAUUAUGAUAAAAAUCGUCGAAUGAGUUUAACACAAGCUUAUCGUCGUAAUAAUGAUAUUCGUCAACCAAUUGCUAAUCGUCGUAUUGGAAUUAACAAUGGAAAUCAUCCGAUUUAUAAAAAUCGAUCAGUAUGUCCGUCCGGCCGGCCGUUUACACGAUAA